AAUAGGUGACGAAAAUAUGUUAACAAAGUGAAUAAAGUUUGACUAUGUAAAUAAUAAACUAAUAUUUAUCUCUUAAGAGUGGAAGGAGAAGUAUUUUUUAAUGUACCUCUACCAUUUUCUUCAUAAAUACCCAACAUUUCAACGCGGAUUAACAUAACACCGACCCUUCCUUCCCUCUUCAAUUUUUCCUUCAAUAAACAGCAAAAGAAAAGCUCUGCGCUUUCUUCUUCUUCUCCGAAUCAGAUUUCUCACCAUGUCUCAGACUGUUGUUCUCAAGGUUGGCAUGUCAUGCUCAGGCUGUGUUGGGGCUGUCAAAAGAGUUCUGGGGAAAAUGGAAGGCGUAGAGUCCUUUGAUAUUAAUCAAGAAGCGCAAAAAGUGACGGUGACGGGUAAUGUGACCCCAGACAGUGUUCUGCAGACCGUUUCGAAAACUGGGAAGAAAACUUCAUUUUGGGAAGAAGCAGAAGAAGUAUCAGCCAAGCCUUCUGAAGCUGUUGUCGUUGGUGAUGUUCCACCAACUGUCUCAGAAACUAAAAAAGAAUCUUCGCUCGGGGAAGAGAAAGGGGCGGACGAAUUCGGCGCGAAGCCCUCGGAAGGUAUUGCCAUUGCUUGAUAUGAUCAUUAUGGCACCUGUAAACAGACUAAAACUUUGUUUGUGACCUACAGUGUGAAAUGAACUAUGUAAUAAUUGAUGUUGUUUAACCAUACAUAAGAAAUGUUGUGUCCAUUUAUCUUAUGUACAACAAACAAUGUAUGUUGGUCUUAUGUGGACCAUUGAAUCAUUUGAUCACCUUGUGAAUUCGCUGUUAAUUAAUAUUUCUUGGGUAUUGAUGGCCUAUCCUGAUGAGGUAAUAGGACUCCUACUAUUGCACCGACAUUUUGUGUCAGUGUCAAUCAUUAAAAUAUUAGUGUAACU